AUGCCCGAGGGUGUCGAGGCGCAGGAUCUCGAGGAAGCAGCGCUUGCAGCUGGGAACCGCAAGCGCAACAACGAGUUUGAGCCUCUUGUGAACGGUGAGCUGGCAAAUGUACCUGCAGAGGCGAGCCCAACAAGGAAGCCGCUGUUAACGGCGAGGCAGGCUAAGGAGGGUGAAGCUGACAAGGAGAGCGAUAGCAUGGAUGUCGAUAAGAAGGAGACCGAGACAGCCGAAAAGCCCGCCGAAGACAGCGAGACACAGCAGCAAAAGCAGCACCAGCGUGAGGAGGAUGCUCGAAGGCUGCUUGUGGAGCAGACGCAGGAGAUCAUUGUGCCGAGCUACGCAGCCUGGUUCAACCUCUCGUCCGUCCACGAUAACGAAAAGCGCGCACUGCCCGAGUUCUUCAACUCACGCAACCCGUCAAAAACGCCGACAAUCUACCAGGAGUACCGCAACUUCAUGGUCAACAGCUACCGGCUGAACCCGUCAGAGUAUCUUACUGUCACUGCCUGCCGCCGCAACCUCGCCGGUGAUGUGUGCGCGAUCAUGCGUGUACACGCUUUUCUAGAGCAGUGGGGCCUGAUCAACUACCAGGCCGACGCUGACUCGCAGCCCUCUGCUAUUGGGCCGCCAUUCACCGGCCACUUCCGCGUCACCGCUGAUACGCCGCGCGGCCUGAUGCCAUUCCAGCCGAGUCUCUCUGCAGCGAAGCUUGCGGGCAGCAAGGCCAAUGGCGGAACGCCGGCGCCGGCUUCCAAGCCGCAGACGUCCUGGCGACGUUGCCACGACCAACGGGCUGGCGACGCGCAAGGCCAUCUACGACUCGCCGACGAUCGGCAACCCGCUCGCGAGACCAACGCAUCCGAGAGCACGCCAACCACCAAGGAUGUGUUCUGCUACACGUGCGGCGUCAACUGCACAGCAGCGUACUACCACUGCGUCAAGAGUCUGCGGCAGCGCGUGGACCUGUGCGGGCCCUGCUACCAGGACGGGCGGUUCCCAGGCACACUGUCGAGCGCCGACUUUGUCAAACUGACGGACUCGACCACAGGCAACCCUGGGUCGGGUGAAGACUGGAGCGACCAGGAGACGCUGCUAUUGCUGGAAGGCAUCGAGAUGUUCGAUGAUGACUGGAACCGGAUUGCAGAGCAUGUCGGUACGCGGUCGCGCGAAGAGUGCGUGCUGCAUUUCUUGAAGUUGCCGAUUGAGGACCCGUAUGACGUAGCGCCGACCAAGGACGCAAAGCUCGCACAGGCGGCAGUUGUGCCGUUUUCGCGUGCUGACAACCCAAUCAUGUCUGUGGUUGCGUUCUUGGCAUCGAAUGUCAACCCAGGUGUCGCUGCGGCAGCCGCGAAGGCGGCGCUGGCUGAGCUGACAAAGAGUGGUGUCACCGAAAAGUCUGCCGACGCGGAAGGCGCUGCCGAGGCUUCUGAGAAGCCUAAGGACGAUGGGGCUAUGGAUGUAGACAAGGAGGAGGAAAAGGCCCUGCCAAACGGCAUCAGCGCCACAGCGUCCGACGCCUCAAUGAAGAGCGACGAUGAGGCGGAAAAGACCACCGACGAUGCACCCAAGCAGCCGCGUCCAGCAGUCUCCCAGAUGGCGGUUGCUGCGGCUACAGCACUCGGCACGGCGGCGGCCAAGGCGGCCAAGCUGGCUGAAUAUGAAGAGCGGCAGCUGGAAACAAUGGUACACCGUGCGGUCGAACUACAGAUGAGCAAGCUCGAGCUCAAGAUGCGGCAGUUCGAGGAGAUGGAGGCAGCAGUGGAGCAGGAGCGCAAGGAUCUGGCCAGACAGCGCCAGCAGCUGAUCGAGGAGUGCUGGGCGCUGAAGAAGAAAAUGGCGCUGUUCGAGUCUGGUAAUGCAGGGAGAAUUGCGCAGGCGGCGCAGACACAGAUGUUUGCUGCCGAUGAUAAUGUCAAUCAGAUUGUCAGGCCGCCGGUUGCGCCGGCUCCUGUGCCAACCCCAGCUGUGGCACCAGCUCCGGCUGCGGCAACAGGUGCAGCUACAGCCGCAUCUACAGCUUCUGCUUCUGAGGCGUCAAGCACUCCAGCGCCAGCGCCAGCACCAGCACCAUCAACACCGGUUGCGGUGACUGAUGUGAUUCCUACCCUCCCAACAGCUCCGGCUGUCCCAGCAGCGCCUCAGUCGGUCCCAACUGCUCCGUCACCCCCGUCCGUCACGCCGACAGGUGUGAAGCCAGCGGUGGGUGCGCCGUCCGCCGUCCCUGCGCUGCCUACGGCUCUAUCUGCGGCCCCCUCUGCGGCUCCAGUGUCUGCUGCGCCAGCCCCUGAAACACAAGUCCCAGCGACGGCUCCCACAGACAUGCAGCCCAUGCCACCCACCGAUGCACCCGCGUCAUCCUCUGCUUAAUUUCUCCUCUUUCCUUUCCUAUACCACCCUUAACAAGCCUCGACAGAAUAUAAGCAACAUUUAAAAAAAAAUACUAACAGUUACGCGUAGAA